CAGUCGGUGUAUAACCUGGCCAACGUGGCGUGUAAGUGUCACGGCGUGUCCGGUUCCUGUAGUCUGAAGACGUGCUGGCUCCAGCUGGCAGACUUCCGCCGCGUCGGAGAGUUUCUGAAGGAGAAGUACGACAGCGCCGCCGCCAUGCGCAUCGGACGCAAAGGAAAACUGGAGCAGGUCGAUAAACGCUUCAACGUCCCCACCCCGGAGGAUCUGGUCUACACCGACCAGAGCCCAGACUACUGUCUGAAGAACGACACCACCGGCUCCAUGGGAACKCUGGGGAGACUCUGUAACAAGACGUCAGAGGGGAUGGAUGGCUGUGAACUCAUGUGCUGCGGGAGAGGAUACGAUCAGUUCAAGACCUAUAAGCAUGAGAGAUGUCACUGCAAGUUUCACUGGUGUUGUUAUGUCAAGUGUAAGAGGUGCACUUCACUGGUGGAUCAGUUUGUCUGCAAGUAGGGAAGGAAGGGAGUCUGGACGACGGACGGACGGACGGACAGUUCCACAUGGGGAAGGGAGGGAGUCUGGACGAUGGACGGACGGACAGUUCCACAUGGGGAAGGGAGGGAGUCUGGACGACGGACGGACGGACGGACAGUUCCACUUGGGGAAGGGAGGGAGACUGGACGAUGGACGGACGGACGGACAGUUCCACAUGGGGAAGGGAGGGAGUCUGGACGAUGGACGGACGGACAGUUCCACAUGGGGAAGGGAGGGAGACUGGGCGAUGGAUGGACGGACGGACAGUUCCUCAUGGGGAAGGGAGGGAGUCUGGACGAUGGGGUAGGGAGGGGCUGGAAUGGAAGGACAUGUAACCCAUGAGGGGUGUAAGAUUAUAUAACAAUAAUAAAUAAAUAAAAAGAAAUCAUGAAAUAUAUAAAUAAAUAAAGUAAAAAAAUGCGUUGCUAGUAAUUGAAUGAGACUUUUAUAUGACUCAAGCUGCCUGAGGGAGGACUUGACCGACAAGCAGGCGAAUGCAAAACAGAAAGGCUGUUCGUUUUGUUUGUUGUCUACUGGUCGGCCAUUUGCUUCCUCUCUCCUUCGCAACUGUCCCCUGAUUGGUGGCUCGUGCAGUGACGACCAGGAAGUGAUGUCACCAGUAUCCUUGUUCCCUGGUUGGUGGAAUGGGAGGGGGAGGCUGGAUAGACUCCUCUUACUUUACAGACUCUUCAAAACGAGAGAGCGAGGAAGUCAGAGAGAGAGAGAGAGAGAGAGAGGGAGAGAGAGAGGGAGGGAGAGAGAGAGAGGGAAAGGGAAAGGGAAAGAGAAGGAGAGAAAGACUAGAAAGGGAUGGAUCCCAAUGAACUGUGCCAAAGCUCCUUUCACCUCCUCUUCCACUCACUCCUCUCUUCUCCACCCUUCUCACCAUAGGUUGUUUCUGUUUUAUGUCUCAUCCUCUUUUCAUCACCCUUAUUUCAUCACCCUGCUAGAGCUCUUAGAAACCACCAGUCCAAGCCAAAGGACACCACCUCACACAUGAACUGUUGAGUUUGGAACUCUGUAACCAUGGAACCACAGCGUGUGUUCUAAUCAUUUACCCACUAGACAUCAUGUUGACCUCUAGCCUGGAAGACAGCACAGCUCAUGACCUUGGGCACAGAAAGCAAACAUAGCUCUGUGUAACUUAUAGGGACCAUGUGAGUCCCAGAGGACAAGAAGAACAAGAGUUGUGUUGAUUGAAGGGAGGAGGACUCUGAGACCUUGGCUGGACAUGUUGAGAUAAGAGAAGAAGAGAGAGAGGAAACACCUGCGUCCUUCUACAAUACAUAGACCUCUCACUCUACCUUUAGAUUCAUGCUGUUCUAUCAMCUAACAGCAUCAUUACGUUGUCAUGGACUGGAUUACUGAUCACAGGCCCGUGGCCCCUCGCUGUUCAAUAACAGACUGCUGUAUCUCUCUAUUCAACAGGUGGGCCACAGCUAUUGUGACCAUACCAAUAGCCGUCUCUAAGCCAAUGUCAUGACAGUCACACAGCUACCAAGCUUUGUUAGGAGGAUGCAACAAAUGUGUUAUAGAGUUCAAAUGUCUGGGAAUGAAGAAAGUGAACGGAGGAACUCGGAGGACUGCAGAUUAUUAUAGUGGGGAUGAGGUACAUAGAAAUAGUCCAUCGAAAAUUAUAUUUUAUUAAUAAUUACUUUUUCAUUUUAUACUUCAUAUAUGUAUUGUUUUGAUGAUCCUGUCUUUUGACAUGGAGGCUUUGGUUUCGUCCUAUUCCCUAUGUAGUGCACUACUUUUUGCCAGAGUCCUAUGGUCCCCGGUCAAAAGUAGUGCACUAUAUAGGGAAUAUGAUGUCAUAUGGGACACACKCUUUUAGACAUUGUUGUUCAGCYGAACRUCUAUCCCUGAGGUUCCUUCCUGCUUGGAAUGUCUAUUGUCCAAUCUCUGCCAAACGCUGCCCACUCUUCAGCCAAUGACAGACAAGCCUUUCCUUUGUCAUCCAAUGAGUGUUGUGGCAAAGUACUACUCAUGUAAAUAUCAGCAGACCUUAUCCUUAUAUGCAGAUAAUGACACUUUUACAACAUACAGACUCCAGGUCUCUCAGAGUGUGUUCUUGUCUAUAUUAUUCUCUCUGAAAGAUUGUUGUCGUGAUGUGAUCCAUUAAUAUUCUCCAUGUGUAUAUUGUAUUAUCCCCCCCCCACUUCAAAACAGUCAUAUUAAACCAAUAAUAGUGAUGAUUAUAA